AUUUUCGAGUUCAUGUUCAAUUAGAUCACCCACGUCAAGACAAUCAACCUCAAUACGUUCAGUGUUACCGGUAUCCAUUUCCCGAAUAUUAUCAUGGUCAAGGCUUUCGGGUUUUUAACCAAUUCAAUAGUUGA